GUAGUUGUACGCGUGGUUUGACACUAAAACAAAAACUACUUAUAAAAAGGUUAUCGCUUCUUCUCUCUGUGCUCUCAGUAAUACGAACCAAAUCAAACUCAACCAUUUCCUUUGUCCCUUCCUUCCACCAUAACCACUUUCUCUUCUAGAUUAUAAACACUGACAAAACCCAGUUCAGAGAUAUACAUCGCUUGUUUUUACUCCAAACAGAUGAGAAAAGCUAAAGGUUUUAAGCUUAAAGGGAAGCCUAUUGUGAAGAUCUACAAAUGGGUCAUUAGCAGAAGAAAAAUAAGAACAAGAGGAAGAACAAGUACUAGUACUAGUAGUAGUAGUAGUAGCAACCCCAUGGCCAAAGUUCUCACCUUAGCUCGCUCUUUUCGAAGAGGAGCUAAGCAGCUCUGUUCUCCCAAGUCGGGUUAUGUCCCGUUGAGCCAUGACCCGGUUGAGAGUCCGAAACAACAGCAAGUGCAAGGGAUACCUAAAGGUCACCUGGCUGUGUACGUGGGAGAGUCACAGGACGAGACUCAGAGGUACUUGGUGCCUGUGAUAUACUUCAAUCACCCCUUGUUUGGGGAUCUGUUGAAGGAGGCUGAGAAGGUCCAUGGCUUCAACCAUCCGGGUCGGAUCACCAUACCCUGUGGAGCAUCCGAGUUUGAGAAGGUUCAGAUGAGGAUUAUUGCCUCUGGUGGUGGUGGGGAGCACUGCCGGCGGCGUCGUUUUAGGCGGAGCAUCUCUAGGUGGCUCUCCAAAUAAUGGACUCCGGUGAGUUUGGAUGAGGCGUAGUUUGUAUACGUCCAAAAUUUGGACUCCAAAUUCACACCCAAUAAUGAUUUUGCUGCUGCUUCUUUUUUUCUUUUUUUACACGAAGAAUAUUUUCCCCAUGAAAAAUGGGGUUGAUACUUGAUACAAGUAAAUGAGUAAAUAUAAUUAAAUAUGUAGCUGAAUUUGCUUUAGUA